AUGACCAGAAGUCAGGCACUAAAUGAAUUCUGCAAGCGUUGCCCUCCCUACUUUCAAGGAGAACCUAACCCCACAGCUGCGGAAGCUUGGUUGGAAGAAAUCAAGAAAAUUCUUGAAACCCUAGAUAUUCAAGAAGCCAGCAAUCGAAUUGCUCUAGCCACCUAUCAGAUGCAAGGUGAAGCUCAGCAUUGGUGGAACCUGAUGAAGAACACCAAUGAUGUGGGAACAAUGACUUGGGAGAGGUUCGAGAAAAUCUUCCUUGACAAGUACUUUCCAACACCCGUCAAACAAGCACUGGCCUUGGAAUUCAUGAACCUCGAGCAUGGCACAAUGACCGUGACCCAGUACGCAUCACGAUUUGAAGAACUGUCCCGUUAUGGCACAACAAUCAUACCUACUGAUGACGACAAGGCAAGAAAAUUUGAGUGGGGACUCAAUGAGACACGCCGAGCAGUGAUGGCGCAGACACUUCCCACCUACUCACAAGUGGUGCAAUGCGCACUUAAGAUAGAGAGAGAAAACGUGGAUUUCAAGACAAGGCGUGAGCAAAAGAAGCCUCGCGGUGGGUGGAACCAACCGCCAACUCAGAACAGAGGAUCGAACGGGCCAAUCCAGCCCAAUGCUGGAAGGGUGUUUGCGCUGCAAGGGACGGAAGAGGAGAUGGACCAUGCAGUAAUCCAAGGUACCCUUACUCUUUUUACUACAUGCGUUCAAGCACUAUUUGAUUCUGGAGCUUCGCACUCAUUCAUAUCUGCCACAUGUGUAUCUAUACUUGGAUUAGAAACUGAACCUCUAAAGACAACUAUGCAUGUGACCUCACCACUAGGGGGUAAGAUUCCGGUAGUACUAAUCUGUAAAGGGUGCGAACUAGAAGUAUCGAACUUGCGGUUAACAUGCGACUUACGAGUAAUCGAAAUGACGGACUUUGACGUCAUACUCGGGAUGGACUGGUUGACUGCACACCGAGCUGUCAUAGACUGCCAUCGAAAGAUGGUGACAGCCUAUUCGCCAGAUGGAACGUGUUUCAAGUUUAAGGGGGAUAGACAAGACCCAUCUGCACCCCAUGCGCACGAAACAAAGUGGCAUAGGAAGCUCGUUGGAUGGUUAGCGAGUCUCAAAUUGGAGGAAACAGACCAAAUGGAGUUGGGCCUCCCUCACGUCGUCUGCGAGUACGAGGACGUAUUUCCAGAGGAAUUACCAGGAUUACCGCCACCAAGGGAAUUGGAUUUCACCAUCGAGUUGCAACCCAGCACGGCUCCAAUAUCGAUGGCCUCGUAUCGAAUGGCUCUAGCAGAGCUACGAGAGUUGAAGACACAGCUACAGGAACUCCUAGAAAAGGGUUUUAUCUGA